UUGGGAACCUUUCCAAGGCCACCUGUCCUGCAUGCCCAUCUCCCUUAACAGAUUGUGCACCCUUAAUAACAAGCACUGUAUCUUUAUUGGACAUCUUUAUUUUUUGCAGAGCAUGUUGCAGAGUUCUUGGCCUUUAGUAGUUACUUCUUCUUAACCCAUUAAUAAUGAAUUAAAAGGUUUUUCUAGCAAGAGUGAUAGCAAAGACUAAAAGAAGUUCUAUUAUUUUCUGAGAAGUAAUAAAACAUAAAAUCGGGCAAAUUCCAUUUAAAAAAAACUUUCAAGGUUUCUAUAGAACCUGCAAACUUUCCUGCAAAGAAAAUGGAAAUGCUGAAAGGUAGAAGGCAAUUUUACUUUAUAUUUUUAGCAUCUCAAUGACAUUUCACUCAUAUAAAUACUGCCAUGAAGUUAGUUGAAAUUCCUGCUGUAUUCACUUGUUACCUGUAUUUUUUUUUUAGUAAUCAAGUUGAAGAAGCAUUUCCACUACUUAAAAAGAUAUUUGCAAAAUACCUCGAUAUUUGUUCAGCUAUCCCAAUGGGAUAUUCACUUAGUAAAUCUGCUACUCAGGUUUCUGCCAUGCCUACAGAUUCAAAAGGAAACAAUCACGUGAUUCAAAGGUCUGAGAAAAGCAGGUUGGAACCAGUUACUCAAUUAUUUCAAAACACCAAGAAAAUAAGAUUAGAAGACAUAAACCAAGAAAACUUCAUAAGAAUUAAAAGGACUGGCACAGAAUCUCUUUCAGAGAAAGCUGUGGGCUCGAUGGUGUAUGUUAUGGAAAGUGAUGGAAUACAAGUGACAGAUGUGGAAUAA